AUGUCAUACACAUAUAAUAAAUUUGGAUCUAGAUCAACAACAACUAAAAUCAAUCCACCAACAACUUCAACUACUGAAAUACCUGAUGUUAAAUUAGAUUAUAAUAACAAUUAUGUUCAUACAAAUGUUAAUCCAAUCUCAUAUAUUAAAAAUAUUCAAAAUCCAGUUGAUGGUUAUCCAAAAUUAAUUAAAUUACAUCAAUUAAAGAAACAACAAAUUAAUGUUCAUGCUACACAAGCUUAUGGUAAAAGAGUCGAAACAGAUCAAAUUAUUCCAGUUUUAAAUUCAUGGAUUAAAUUAGGUUUAAAAUUUGACGUUAUUAUGAUUGGUGCAUUAGUUGACAAUCAAUUCAUUUUACCAAUUUUGAAUUCAUUACCAAUCAAUAAAUUAUGCUCAAAACCUGGAUUUCUUUUUAUUUGGGCAUCAACUGAGAAAAUUAAAGAAUUGACUAAAUUAUUGAAUGAGAAUGAAUUAAAUAAAAAAUUUAGAAGGUCAGAAGAAAUUGUAUUCUUACCAAUUGAUAAAAAUUCAAAAUAUUAUCCAAAUCAAGAAGAUAAUGUUGGUUUAUUUGAAAAUCAACAAUGGCAUUGUUGGAUGUGUAUUACUGGUACUGUUAGAAGAUCAACAGAUGGUGAUUUAAUUCAUUGUAAUAUUGAUACUGAUUUACAAAUUCAAAAUAAUUUAGAAAAUAAUGCAGUACCUGAUUUAAUUUAUAAAAUUUGUGAAAAUUUCUCAAAUUCAAAUAGAAGAUUACAUAUUAUUCCUUCUAAAUUGGAUGAAAAUCAUUAUAUUAAAUUAAGAAAAGGUUGGGUUAUAAUGAGUCCUGAUAUUUUAUUAGAUAAUUUUGAUGUAAUUAAAUAUAAUGAUGAAUUGUAUCAAAAAUCAAUGAUAAAAAGACAAGAUAAUAAGGACCAAUUUUUAAUUCAAGUUACAAAUGAAAUUGAACAAUUGAGACCAAAAACACCGAAAUAA